UAACAGUCUGGCUGACACCUUGUGCAGGGAGUGAGGUUUUGCUGUUGGAGAAGGAACACAUGAAUCCCCCCCUCCCCCCCCGAAAUCCUAGAACUGACAAUGUAACUAAGACUUUGAAGAUUCAAAAUUACACUUCUUUGUUUGCUUUACAAUACAAAUUAACUUCUCCUUGUUUGAAAGCCUAAAGACGUUUAAAUUAAACAUCUAUUUAGACGUGAUAAAGAAAAAUCAGUCCUCUGCUCUUAAAGUGGUUUCACUGUUUUGGUUUUCAUCUAUCUGAAGACACUUGAGAGAUCUGUGUGGUUUUGUGUUAUUUUUGUUUCUGCAAAAGAAGUCAGAGGCUUGGAGAGAAUAAGCAAAAUAGAAGAUGCUGCUGAAGAUGUCCAGAGUCUGGAUUUAUCUGCUUUUUCAGUUUCUCAUAGCCAUCUCUUUGUGUCAUUUGAAGAAUGUGCCUGCUGGUUCCCAACAGAGCUUCAAAAAUGGUCUCUUCAACUUUUAUCAUUCCCUGAUUCUUGCAGAUGGCAAAGAAACAACAAUCCACUUGUUGAAGGACAUACCUAAAAGGUACUAUUUCAUUCUGAGAGAAGACAGAGCCCCUAUUCCUUUCACAGUGACUGUGACUCCCUGUGAUGUUCCCAUUGAAUGGAGCAUACUGGUACACAAAACUUCAACAAAUUUCCUUGGGAAAACAGCACAUGGUAAUUAUGACACUCAAGACAUCUCAAAAUCUCAAAAGAUCCCAAACUCAGUGUCCACUGUUUUUAAUUAUAAAGGAAAUUCUGCGGAAACUUAUGUGGGUAUGACUUCUUUUUCUGCCAUCUAUCUGAUAGAGUUCCUAUCAACUGAGAGAGACACACACAUUACAGUGUACCUAACAUCUGACAUAACAUCUGGGCAUCUUUACCCAGAACUCCCAAUGGAUCCACUUAUAGAUGUGGUUGGUAUUGGACAUACAGUUGUGACUCUAGCUUGGAAACAUAGCCCAUCAGUACUGCAGCAUAAAGAAAACAUCCAGUAUUGUAUUCUAGUUAAUGAAAAGCACAACUACAAGAGCUUAUGUGUGGCAGAGACAGCUAUCAGAUCAUCUGGGAUAAAAUUGCCACCAACAUUAUCUCUGUCUCUCUCUCCAGAUCUUCUAGAUUCUCAACAGGUAAUGAUAGUGUCCAAGCAAGAAUUAAGUGUCAUCAACAAGCUCAAUAAUGGGGAAGUCAGGCAGAUAUGCAUGGGCACCAUGAACACCUAUACAGUGACCAACCUUAGUCCCAGCACACAGUAUUACUUUGAUAUUUUUGUGGUUAACCUCCUCACCAAUGCCAGUGCUGCCUACACUGGAACAUUUGCAAGAACACUUGAGGAACCUGACCCUAAAGUUACUGAGCUGAAGGAUGGGAAGAUAAUUCACCUCACCCUGGACAAGAAAAACUGGAAGUUCUACAAUUUGCAAUAUCAAGCUAAACACAAGAGAGUCCAAUUUACCUUUUGGUCUUGUAGUGGCCAAAUAUCGGUUCAGAUAACAAGGAACCGUAAAAUAGUGGCAUCAGAAAACUUUGCAGGCCUGAGACUUUUCUCACUGAAAGGAAAACUAAUGGACACAUAUUUGGUACAAGUGAGGUCAGUGGAACAGUCUAAUACCUCUGUGAAAGUUCAAGUAUCCUCUCACAUCCACAAGCCCUUAUUCUCAGCUCUACCAGACAGUUUAAAAAUCAAGUCCUUUAGUAAGCUGAGGACCUGCAAUUCUGUUACCAUUGCCUGGCUGGGACCACAAAAGCAGAGCAAGUACUGUGUGUACAAGAAAAGGAUUGAAGAAGAUCAAGUCUGGACAGAGGUGAGGAGUACAGACAGGUGCUCAGGACCAGAAUCUAGGAACAAAUAUGAGAAAGUGCUGUGCAAAUAUUUCUAUGACAGAAAUCUACAAAGAGCAGUUGCCACAGAGACCAUCAAAGGGCUGGAUGCAGGGACUCUUUACCUGUUUGGUGUUUGCCUAAUUGGACCUUCUGGGAUUCCAGUCAGGUAUCACAGUAGAGUGGUGAAAACCAGGAAAAAAUGUUGAGGAUUCUUUAAGAAAUGUGUGGUAGAUGAAUGCAGAAGAGAAAAGCACAACCAUUUCCAAUGGUCUGUGCAGUUCAAAAUAUGAUAGAGCACAGAAAACAGUUUUUAAAGAUGGAAGAUUUGUCAGGAAAGAAUUGUUUCAGCUGUCUAGAGAAUUAGGCUAGCACUUGCAUCUUAUUUCCUAUAUAAGCUUCUCAUCAAAAACAGUAGUCAACUAAAUACAAUCAAACAUUUGUAUUCAAGGAGCUUACCUUGGAAACUGCAAGAAAUCAACUGGAAAGACAUGAGCUAAAAUGGAUCUGAAAUCAAAUAAUACGUGUUAUUAAAUGUCUUUCAAAGAACAGUCACCCGUUACAUUAGAAUACCACACUGUUUCCACUUUGUGUACCAGAUUGCUGUUAAUAAGGUAGUAAGAAGUCCAGCCAGACAGACUGUUUUUGACAGAUUGACUUCUCCCUCCUAGCUGAGAUGUAUGCUCAUGAGAUUGAAUUGACAGCUGAGUGGUAUUGCUUUAGAUCCUUAUUAGACACAAAGAUACCAGGUUGCUACCAGCCCCAUGUUCUAGUCUAGUGUGAGAGACAGGAGACUCCCCAAAAUAGCAGUUGUCCAUUAUCUGCAUGUUUGCUUUGCAUAGAAGUUGAUUAGUUUUAAAGAUAAAUUUGAUUCACAAAGUUUGGGCCUGGCAGUGGAUCUGUAUCAGAGUCUCCUUGUUUCAAAACAGUUUGCUGUUUAUGUCCAUAUGGAGAAGGAUUUCAGUAUGGAAUUUUUCAGGAAGGGAAAGAUUUUGAUCUGCAGUACUAGAGUGAAUGCCCAUUUCCAUUCUCGUUUGUCUUUAUUUAUACUGUACAUGUCUUGUAUACACACUGGUGGCAUGGAAACAUUUCAGCUGGAGAUGCUAACACUGCAUAUAUCUGCCAUGUAUUUGUCUAUUGACAUUUAACAUAUUUUUUAUCUUGGCAAACAGUAAACUGACAUAAUGCUGCUCUAAAUGAAUUUUCUUUAGUGCUUUAAUAAAUAUAGUAUUUCCUGCAGUAAGAUAGGAAAAGCUGAAAAUAUUAUCACCAAUACCUUCCCGUCUCUAAAGAGGAAUUUCCUGACCCCUUCAAAUGACCAGACCUAUGCAAUUUUCUGCCUGGAUUAUUUUAAUCUUAUCAAAGAGCAUAUCUGAAUGGGAUCUGCCAAACCCUUCAAACCACUGCAAAGCUUUUCUCAGAGAAUAUGCUGGGUUUAUACAUUUGUUUUUUCUUUAUUGUAGUAUGUGUUAGACCCCGACUCCAUGCGGCACCC